UCCCAGACCGCGGCGCGGGUCCGGGUCCGUGCAGGCAGCAAUGGGGCUUCUGCGGCUGCUGGUCUUGGCGGUGCUGGCAUCGGAACGCUGUACGGCCGGAGGAGCUGAGACGGUCGGGAACUCUAGCCAGGGUUUUCUUGAAUUUUCUGUGGGGAAAUUCAGAUACUUCGAGCUCAACAGGCUGUUUCCAGAGGAAGCUAUUUUGCGUCAUAUUUCAAGUAAUGUGACUUUCCUUAUUUUCCAAAUACACUCACAGUAUCGGAAUACAACACUUUCUUUUUCUCAGACUCUCCUUCCCAAUACCUCAGGAACAGGCAAUGACAAAGGACUGGUUUUUAUUCUUAGACCAGAGCAGAGUAUGUGCACUUGGUAUUUGGAGACUACAGAUGCUGAGCCUGUUCAAAAUGUGGCCAUUCCACUCUCGUACUCAGAAAGAGAUCCUAUCCCUGGAGGCUGUAAUUUGGAGUUUGAUUUAGACAUUGAUCCCAACAUUUACUUGGAGUAUAAUUUCUUUGAAACGACUAUUGAGUUUGCCCCUGCAAACCUAGGCUAUGCAAGAGGUGCAGAUCCUCCGCCAUGUGAUGUGGGAACAGGCCGGGACUUUAGGUGGAGGUUGCAGUAUGAUGUGUAUCAGUAUUUCCUGCCUGAGAAUGACCUCACUGAGGACGUGUUGCUCCAGCACAUGCAGAGGAUGGUCCAGGUGCCUGAGGUGAAGGCCAAUGCUGUCAAGCUGGUGACUCUAACAGCUGAUGAUAAGACAAGAGUUUCCUUCUCCUCCCUGCGGGGUCAAGGAGUUAUUUAUAAUGUCAUCGUUCGGGAUCCAUUCCUGAAUACAUCUGCUGCUUAUGUUCCUGCUCACACAUACGCUUGCAGCUUUGAGGCAGUGGAGGGUAAUUGUGCUUCCCUUGGAAGAGUAUCUACCAAAGUGUUCUUUACUCUUUUUGCAAUGCUUGGUCUCUUCAUUUGUUUCUUUGGACACAGAUUCUGGAAAACAGAAUUAUUCUUCAUAGGCUUUAUCUUCAUGGGAUUCUUCUUUUAUAUAUUAGUCACAAGGCUGACACCUGUUAAGUAUGACGUUCGCCUGAUCCUAACAGCUGUAGCUGGAACCAUUGGUGGGAUUCUCUUGGUGGCUACAUGGUGGCGAUUUGGAGUCCUCCCGCUGUGCAUGCUGUGUGUUGGACUGGUGCUGGGGUUCCUCACUGCCUCAGUGACUUUCUUCACUCCGCUGGGAAACAUAAAAGUUUUUCGUGACGAUGGUGUGUUCUGGGUGACCUUCUCUUGUAUAGCUGUCCUCAUUCCAGUAGUUUUCAUGGGCUGCCUAAGAAUACUGAACAUCCUGUCUUGUGGCAUUAUUGGCUCCUACUCGGUGGUUUUGGCCAUUGACAGUUACAUGUACACAAGCCUUUCUUACAUCACUUUGAAUGUUCUCAGGAGAGCACUCCACACAGAUUUCCACAGAGCUUUCACAAAUGUGCCUUUUCAAAAUAAUGACUUCAUUAUUCUGGCAGUAUGGGGUAUGCUGGCUGUAAGUGGAAUUACAUUACAGAUUCGAAGAGAAAGAGGGCGACCAUUUUUCCCUCCCCACCCAUACAAGAUGUGGAAACAAGAGAGAGAGCGCAGAGUAACGAACAUUCUGGAUCCAAGCUACCAUAUUCCUCCACUGAGAGAGAGGCUCUAUGGCCGGUUAACCCAGAUAAAAGAGCUUUUCCAGGAGGAACAGCCGGCUGGAGAGAGGACGCCCCUCCUUCUAUAGAUGGCAUGGGCUUAGUCAGUCUGCCUCAGCUCUGGAAUUCAUGUCCAGACUGCAUCAGCCACCCCUGGUGCCCACCUAAUAUUGGAUCGGCCCUGCAUGAGAUCAUGGUGUCCUUUUUGACGUGUGGUAAGGGUACACUAGGGAGUUAGGAUGAUUCUAAGUGAGAGAAUGAGAAUCAUAACUGAACAGUUGUGGUAGGGAGGCUUUUCCUUAUUUUCCAAUACUUGGGAAAUUACUUUCUGGUUUAUACAUGUAUGAUCAACAUAUUCCAUUUAAAUAGGUUCAUCAAAAAAUAUAAAAAUAAAAAACAGUGAUUCUUCUGAAAA